AUGCAACACUCCGGAUACCAAGAGAGUUGGCGUUACCAGGAAUCACCUAAAAAUGGGUUCCAGAUAAAACUAGGACCAAGCCUAAUAUUUCCAACAAUGCAAAGAUCGGUUCAGAAAUUGGUCGGUGCAAUGGCAAUGGAUACGAGCGCGAACCAAAACGUAGGACUGAAGGUGAAUGUUGGACUUGUUGACAGACCUAACGUCGUCGUCAAAGAGCGCCAAGCCUGCAGCCUGCCUCUACCAGUACGCAUUGCUGUACACCGCGUAACUCCAACCCAUGCAUCAAAGGCUACCAUUUGGCAGAAAAGGCGGAAGGAGUCAAAAUCUCGUAAAGAUUUAGAACAGUUAGAAAAAGAUCUUCGACGUAAAGAAAUAACACUUCAACGAAUAGAACGGGAAAUAGAAGAUUUUAAAUUACCAAAAAAAGAAACAAGGGCUAUGGCGAUCAUUACGCGGAAGCCAAAAAAGAAUACGAAAAUUAGAAAUAGGAAAAUAUCCACAAGGCCCUGUUCAAACAUAUAUCAACACGACUCGUUCAAACAGAGAUGCAUGUUAAACUUCUACCACUGCUGUUGUAAAUUUUAUUGUUAUCUCACUAUACUGUUAAUAGCAGCUGGCUUCGUUCUAUUUGUCAUUUAA